GAGAAAACGCGAGAUGAAACAUGGCUGCGCCCAUGGGUGACGCUUAACCUCAAUAUUUUAAUCAAAUAUACGAAUACUGAUCUAACUUUACAUUGGUCUUACCAUGGCUGAUUCCUACUCUAAGGUUAAAGGUGGAAAACUGAAAUUGAAAGGUCACAAGGAAAAGCACAAGAAACACAGGAAACGUAAGCAUGCUGAUGGAGAGGGAGGUGCAGGGGGAAAGAAGGUUCAUCCGUCACUCACUGAGGACACCACACGUCAUGGUGGCUGGUGGAUUGUGGAAAAAUUUGAAGACAUCACAGGAAACAUUGCUAUUGAGAUUGGGGUGCAGACAUACAUGAACGCCCUUGACAAUGGAAGGCUCAAUCUUGGCCCCGUCAGGGAUACAGGGGAUGCUCCAGAUGCCACCGAGAUUCUGACAGCCAUUACUUUGGGGGAUUCAAAGAUUGCCCUGAAGUCAGGCUAUGGAAAGUAUCUCAGUAUUGACCCAGAAGGUCGCGUGACUGGGAAAUCAGAUGCUAUUGGUAGCAGAGAACAGUGGGAACCUGUGUUCCAAGAGGGAAAAAUGGCCAUCAAUGGUUUCAAUGGCUGCUUCCUAUCAGCGAAUGAUGAUGGUGAAGUAAUGUGUGAGAGUCGCAAAGCAGGGCCUGAACAGAUGAUCAAGAUCCGAUCUUGUGCAGAAAGUGAGGAGGACCCACUGGGUAAUAUUCCUAAGGAAGAACGAGGUUCACUCAAGGACUCUGAGGUCAACUAUGUGAAGAAGUUCCAGAGUUUCCAGGACCGGCGCCUGAGAGUGACAGAAGACAGUGUUAAAGCACUGAAGACGGCCAGACAAGAUGGAAGUCUGCACGAGACCAUGCUGGACAGGCGAGAGAAAAUGAAGGCCGACAGAUACUGUAAAUAAACUGCAUGGACCGAUUCUUGAUGCGUUUCAUAGUUUGACACAGGCAGCUGAAUUCAUUCUUGAAGACAAGUCUGGGAGUACACUGUAGAUAGUUCAUCUGUACAUAUGAAGUGGUCAUCCUGAUCAACCUUAUCACCUGUGUAUCUGUAAUUUGUGUUUCAAUAAAUAUUGUUAGUCACAA